GUGUUUUCACUUUGCAAGACUGAAAAGAUUCGUCGAACUGGUUGGAAAAAAAUAUUUGCAUUUUUGGUGCGCGAAUGUUCCAAUCUAUAUGGAAACAUCCAUAGAAAUUCCAGCGCCUCAUCAUGUCUGAUAUUCAUUCUGCUUUUUCAUGCUCAGUGUGGAAGGGUUACAAUAAGGGCUUCCCCUCCGAUGAACUUACCUCCCAGAAACCCUCGCUCCACUUGCACACCGCAGCCAGUGGAGAUGCUUAAGGAAUGUGCAAGACCUUCUCGAAGAGUACCAGCUAUAUCCUUCAGCGCUCCCCUGAUGAUUGGAUGUCGAUCGCUGCAUCGGGGGGCGAAUCUGAGCUCUCUGGGGAAGAAGAUUCGGCUGCACAAACUCCUUCUGAGAUGGUAGAAAUUCCUGAAUUGGACCCUGAAAGGAUGGCUAUGCUUCCCUGGGCGGCUGAGAAGGUUCAGGCUCGGGUGGAGACAUCCACUUUGUCCUGAACCUUCGAGGCUGGAUGAUAAGUUUCUCGGGGUGUCUCGCUCUGGUUCUCAGCACCCCACCCAGGUGCCUUUCUUCCCGGAAGUGCAUGAUGAGCUUACCAGCUGGUGGACGGCACCUUUUACUGCUGAAACCAAUCUGGUAGCUUUUCCUCCCUCACAACUCUUGAUGGAGGGGCAGCCAGGAGGCACACAGAGUUCCCGUUGGUUGAGCGGUCAGAAUGUGUCUCCCUUUUAAGGCCUGUUCAUCAGGCCAAGGCACUGAAAGAUCUGUACCAGGGUGAUCGUGAACCUGAGGUUCUGAAAGUGCAGCAGAAAGCUACUGAACUAAUGCUAUGAGCAUUGAAGGUCACUGCACGUUCACUGUGUAAUGUGAUAUCCAUGCUUGUGGUCCAGGAACACCAUCUCUGGUUGUGUCUGGACGACUUAAGGGUUGCUACAAAACUCAGUUUUUAAAUUCCCCCAUGUCCCAGAUGCAGUCGAGAGAUUUGCCCAGCAGGCCACGGCUGCACAGAAGUAGACAGAGGGCCAGGAUGCUCUCCAAAAACCUCUCACUGCCAGCUGUUUUAUUCCUGCUGGCCCCAGGGCUUGCACAAGUAUGCGUUCCCCCCUGUGAGCCUCUUUGCACAGACUCUGUGCAAAGUUAGUGAGGACAAGAAAGAGAUGGGGCGCCCUAUGACACCCGUGUCCAGACACCUGGAAACUCCAGCUCUGGUCCCUGGAUAUGCCAUGGAGGAUCUAGGUGACCUAUCCCGAGAGGUAGUGGACACCACCACUUCAGCAUGAGCACCGAGACACAAGACAAUCUUAUGCCUUGAAGUAGAACCUGUUUAUCUAGAGGUGUACAUCUCACAGAGAGGACCUCUGGAGAUGCUUGAUCAGGGCUGUGCUUUCUGUUCUGCAGCAGGGGUGGGAGCGAUGCCUGUCUCCCUCCACACUUAAAGUGUACGUUACUGUGAUAUCUGCACACCACGACCCCGUGGAUGGUAAAACAGCAGGGAAAGCAUGACCUGGUCGUCAGGUUCCUUAGGGACCUCCCUCCAAACCACUUGGGACCUGAGUCUGGUACUUCGAGCUCUUCAUCAGGUCCCAUUUAAACCCUUGCAAUCAGUUGAGCUGAAGUUUCUGUCAAUGAAAAUGUAACUCCUGGUUGCUUUGGCUUCUAUCAAGGGUAGGGAACCUCCAGGCAUUUUUGGUUGAUGAAUUGUGCCUAGAGUUUGGGCCAGGUGACUCCCAUGUAACUCUGAGAUCUCGGUCCAACUACAUGCACAAGGAUCCAAAUCCUCCCUUCAGGGAUCAGGUGGUGAACCUGCAAGUGCUGUCCUCAGAGGAGGCAGAGACCUAGCUUUGUUCUGUGCUGUCUAGGGUUGUAGCGAUAUACCAGUAUGACGGUCUAUUGCAGUUUGAAUGUGCACGGUUAUCAUACAGUAAUCAUUUGCAUAUUUGUGUUUUUUUUUUUUUUUUUUUUUAUGAAGAGAAAUCUUAACCUAUAUUCGCUCGGCUGCUUCACUCUGCAUUCACUUGGCUGUUUACAUGCAUGUACGACAGAGAAAAUGGCAGAGACAGAGAUUAUAUCUAAUUGAAAUCCCAUGCCGAAAAAAGUUUAAAUCUUCAGUAUGAGAAUACUUAGGAUACAAAAAACUCACAGGUCUGCUACAACCCGUCUAAAUAAUAGCUUGAUUUAACUUGAAGUUAUGACAAAAACAUGUUAGCAGUGUACAAUGUACUUUAAAGUUAUAAUAGCAACAAUAAUAUUCUUUAUAAUAAUUAAUUUAAACAUUAUUUUUAAGGAGCAUCGUGUUUGUCCAUGUUUUAACAGAACACCCAUAUGUUGUGCAGCACUUUGCCAAAAAUAAAAGGAGUUGUUAAAUUUUCAUUUGAUAACAUUUUAAAACAUUCAUUAAAAUGGUAAAGUGUUAUAUGGAUAAACAUAAGGCUUAUAGCUUUAAUUUUUAUUGUUUUUUUAAUUUAUGUUUUUUAUUUAUUGAGAAGCAAGACUUCAUUACUUUCAUAUUUCAAGUUUGUUGCAUUAAAGGAUUUGUUCACUUAACUUGUUCUUAUCCUUUUAAGAGUCAUUUUUACUGAUUAAGAAUUAUUGUUUAAUAUAUAUUGUCAAACUGUGAUAUUUUCUGAGACGAUUAUCAUAUCAUGAAAAUCUCAUAACCAGUUUUGGUAGCGGACUUCUAAUUAACUGUCAACUGUUUUUGGUAGGUGGUGCCCUAGAAAAUAAGGUUGCAGAGAUGCAGACCUUAGUUUCAAGCCUGAGUUCAUAUUUUAACACAUCUGGAGCAAGUAACCCAAUGACUAGGGAACUGCAAGAAAAGAAAUUGUCUAAUAUCGAGACCUUGAUGACUGAUCUUGCCUCCUCACUGAGUUCACUCACAUCCAAACAAGAAGAAAUCCUGCAAAGGUUGGAGCGCCAGCAGAAUGUGUCACACACUGAAGUCAAGAGUUUGAUGGGCAGUUUGAGUUCUUCAGUAUCGGCUCUUAGGGAUAAACUGACAGAGCACAGCUCAAAUUCAUCUGUUUUUUCUCUACAGUCUUUUCAACAUACACAAUUUAUUUUGAUGGACAUUUCAAGGACACUGAUGGGCCUGAGUCAUUUCAUGGGGGACACGAGAUCAUCUAUUCAGUUACUUUCUUAUAAACUAUCAUUUACCAACUUGCUUACAUCAGGCUGUAUUGAAUCCGAUUGGAUCCCGUUCAGAAACAGCUGUUACCUGUUCUCACAGAAUGUAAUGAACUGGACCAAAGCAAAAGAUUACUGCCAAAACCAGGGUGCAUUACUCUUAAAAAUAGAAGAUGCCUCUGAGAAGGAGUGGCAAUUUGUUACCAAUAUGGCUAAACCACAUUCAUACUGGAUUGGUCUUACGGACCAGAACACAGGGCAGUGGAGAUGGGCGGAUGACACUCCUUACACCAUGAAUAAAGAACAAUGGAGUCCUGGGCAGCCGGAUGACUGGACCCAGCAUGGACUGGGAGAGGAAGGAGAGGACUGUGGGCACAUUACAGUAUAUGGGCUGUUAAAUGAUGCCCACUGCUCUUACCAAAUGAAGUAUAUAUGUAAAAUGAAAAAAAAUGUGCCUUAAAGUGUGGUCAGCCCUGAAUGAAUAAAAGCACUGUCCACGGACAAGUCUAGAUAGAUUUAAUUUGGAGUAUUUUAAAUUUUUUGUGUGCAGUGGGGGAGUACUGUGCAGAAAUUGUUAACUUUUGGUUUAAAUUACAAAUCAAAUUAAUGUGUUUGGUGUAGUUAUGACUAAUACAGGGUUUCUCCAGAGUCUUUAAAAUCAAAUUUUAGACUUUUUAAGAGUUGACAAAUGAAAUUAAUACUGCAUGACUUUAUAGAACAAACCCAAACAAUCACAAAAUAAAUCAGGAAUCUCAAAUUAUUUUACUUAAUUAAUCAGGCUUUGGCAUACAGUACUGCAAACAAGAGGAACUGUGAGUUUAGGUAGUCAAAAGCAGUUCAAUAUUUACAUUAGAAUUGGUUUAAUUUCUCAUGUAUUAAUACACAUUAAGAAGAGUUCCAAUGAUAUUGCUAUUCACUGAUACAACAAUGUGCUUUUUAAGAAAAGCAAUAAAAAUUAUUGCGCAUAUAUUAAUAAAAUCUAUAUAUUGAAUGUGUUAAAUCAUCUUUCCAGUGACCCAGAAAGAAGCCACACGAGUUUAUGCUGAUAUAAAGCCUGACACUGUUUAUUGUGUAAUACCAAAUACCAAUAAUGGCUAAGGGGGGAAAGCAUUGUAGACUUUUAUCAUAAACAAGCCUGAAAUAACAAUAAACAAAAUUAACAAAUGGUCUAACUCUCACAUGCUCUUUAAAACAUUCCCUAGCUCCGUUGUCCUCCUUCUCCCCCGUUUUCAUCAACUCUAACAGCUGACUACUUUGCCAUGUUCUUCAUUAAUAAAAUUAAUAAAAACAUCAGUGCACAAUUUUCCACCCCACAAUCUGUCAAGCACAUUUUAUCAGCAAACAUACACUCAUUAACAUCCUU